CCUUAUUUAGUACAAAAUCGCUGAUCGAGUCAGUUUGAGCUGAGUUUUUCUGUGCUGCAUUCUUACCUGCUGCGUUGCAAUCAACUUUACAUACGGACAUACGGCAGAGCAGGAAUGGGCGGCGGUUCGAGCAAGCAACGCGGUGGAGCGGCAACUGAGGGAGCCAAACAAGCCAAGAAAGCAGCGGAGACGGAAGCUGUGCCGGUUGGGCCGUUCGACGUAGCGAUCAGUGGAACUAGCGAAGAUGCUGCUUUGGCCGAGUUCAUCAAGGGCAAGAUGGAGGGAGCAUCUCUCACUGUCUACUGGAAACCCAGCAACGUGGAGAAAGACGCUAGAAUCCUAGGAAAAGUUCUUGUGGACACAAAGUGCCUGGUUUCAGUUGUGAGCGCCACGUCAGCUAAAAUGAACCACUGCACGGACCACGUGUCUCUGGCCUACAUUUCCAACAAACCCAUCGUGGUCGUCUCUUCCACCCCAAAGGCAGACGUGAUCCAGAAAUUUCACUUUGGAAUGAAGCUGACUCUGGAGAAUCUCUAUUGGUCAGUGUUUGAUAGAGCCGAGGAGAGAGAAAACAAUGGCCGACAGUUUGUCCAGCUGGUCCAGGAACAGCUCAGCAAGCCCACCACCGAGGCAACUCUAGAGACGGUGACAGUGACAGAGUCAGCCCCGCCUGGGGGGAUGUCUCGACGACGUGCCCGUAUCAACACCAAGCUCCGCAGCCACGGCUCCAUCGAGGGCGAGACAGUUGACACCACCAAGGACACGUUCUUCGACCGGAACUUCCCCGGAGAGACCGAGGUCCCGUGGUUCAAGUUCCAGCAGGCAUUCCUGAGUGACUACGAGGCCCAGCUCUCUGGUAAGACCCCUCACACAAGGCAAGCAAAUUCACAGAAUUCACAGGCAUGUGAUGUUAGUCUAGGGGGAAGGCAAGGUACAUUGCUAUUUGCAUUCCGAUGAUUUCAUGCAUAACUCCAAUCGUUUCUAUAUACAACUCAUACUAGGCUCAAAUCAGGACACCUGCAGCUACACGUUGCUAAAUAAGCUCUAAAGCUCUUUCAUAAGUAUGGCUAAUGCUCCACUGAUGCAGUGGGCACUUAACAGCAUAUGCUGUUGGCUGUCAUUUGUUGGGUGUUCUCUACUCACAGGGCUGUUUACUGAGGACCAGGUGCCCUGGCUUCUGGAAAUGCUCAGGAACGACGUGUUUGGAGGAGCCGAAAAGAUCUCGCGGGACCAUUUCAUGACCAUCAGGGGACAUUCUCCUGACAAGAACGCCUUCUGGAGGCAGGUCUCCCAGAUUGCCGUGGAGAAGUUCAACAUGCAGGAGGUUUUCAACAUGCGCUCCACCGUUCGCCUCACAGCCAUUGAGAAACUCUCUCAGUUCCAGAAUCCUGCGGUGGUGGAUGCUCUCAUCCGACUGCUCGAGGACCCAGACCCCAACGUCCGUGCCGUGGCAGCAGUCUCCCUCGGUCGCACCGGCAAUGCCAGCGACGACGUCGUCGACAAUCUCAUCACUCUCCUGAAAGACGCGGACCGCAUCGUGAGACAGGGGGCAUGUCUCUCCCUGGGACAUCUCAAAGCCGAGAAAGCUGUUCCACAUAUUGGACACAUCUGGAGAAACGAUUUCAUAUCAGUGGUACGCAGCGCUGCUCGCACAGCUCUGGAGCUGAUGGGUACCGAGUCAGCCAAACAGGUCCUCAAUGUGACCAAGAUUCUCGAAGACGAGAUCAAGGCUUUGGAGGGAGAACAUGCCAUUGUGUAAACGGACCUGGACUGCAAAACAACUAUAUAUAUUUUAAUACAUGUUUUAUGCUGAUAUAUUAAAUUUUUUAGAACAAUAUAAGUUACAAAAAGUGAAGAAAGCGAAAAGAAAAAGUUAUUCCACCCGGGAUCGAACCGGGGACCUUGAGUGUGUUAGACUCACGUGAUAACCGCUACACCAUGGAAUCACGGUGAAAGCUCGAUGUUCAAAUAUCCAUUUAUAAAAG